AUGUUCCCACCGUGUCACAGUUGUGUCACGCCGAUAUUGAGGCUGGGCGCAAGGGCUCUCCAAAAGUCAAGUUACAGUCGCAAAGGAGGCCCUAUAUUCAUGGUCUACAACAAUCUCAAGGCCCUUAUCAAGGGAAUCCGCUCAUGCAAGACCGUGGCAGAUGAACGCGCCCUCAUCCAACAGGAGUCGGCCGCCAUUCGUGCAUCGUUUAGGGAAGAGGACUCCUUCCAACGGCACAACAACAUCGCGAAGCUCCUGUAUAUCCAUAUGCUAGGCUCCCCUGCCCACUUUGGACAAAUUGAAUGUUUGAAACUCGUCGCCAGCCCCCGCUUUUCAGACAAGCGUCUGGGAUAUCUUGGGAUUAUGCUUUUGCUAGACGAGAAUCAGGAAGUCCUUACUCUGGUGACCAACUCUCUUAAAAAUGACAUGAACCACUCCAAUAUGUACGCCGUUGGGCUCGCACUCUGUACCUUUGCCAACAUUGCAUCAGAAGAGAUGUCCCGCGAUCUUGCUAAUGAGAUAGAGAAAUUGCUUGGAUCCAGCAAUACUUAUAUUCGCAAAAAGGCCGCACUUUGCGCGUUACGCGUAGUCAAGAAAGUUCCUGAUAUUGCAGACCAUUUCACUUCGAAAGCCAAGAAUCUCCUGACAGAUCGCAACCAUGGUGUCCUAUUAACUGCCAUUACACUUGUCACUGAGAUGUGUCAAAUCGACAACGCGAUUUUGGAUGAAUUCCGCACUGCUGUUCCACUGCUUGUUCGCAAUCUAAAAUCGUUGGUGACGACGGGAUAUAGCCCAGAGCAUGACGUCUCAGGGAUAACCGAUCCCUUCCUCCAAGUCAAAAUAUUGCGAUUGCUGCGGAUGCUAGGAAAGGGAGACGAACAAGCUAGCGAGACGAUGAACGAUAUUCUGGCACAAGUUGCGACCAACACGGAUUCAUCCAAGAAUGUCGGAAAUUCGAUUUUGUAUGAAACUGUACUCACAGUCCUAGAAAUUGAAGCGGACACAGGUCUGCGGGUCAUGGCCAUUAACAUCCUCGGGAAGUUUUUGAGCAACAAAGAUAACAACAUUCGAUACGUCGCGCUCAACACCCUCAACAAAGUAGUGUCAAUGGACACGAACGCUGUGCAACGCCAUAGGAACAUCAUUCUCGAUUGCUUGAGGGACGGGGAUAUCUCCAUUCGCAGACGUGCCCUUGAGCUUUCGUAUGCGUUGAUCAAUGAGCAGAAUGUUCGCAUUCUGAUUCGCGAAUUAUUGGCUUUCCUGGAAGUUGCGGACGACGAAUUCAAACUGGGAUUGACAACUCAGAUUUCUCUGGCAGCUGAGCGAUUUGCUCCCAACAAACGAUGGCAUAUUGACACUGUGCUACGUGUUUUGAAAUUGGCUGGAAAUUUUGUUCGCGAAGAAAUUCUAUCUGCAUUUAUUAGACUUGUUGCACACACUCCCGAACUCCAGUCUUAUACAGCAUCGAAAUUAUAUCUGGCUCUCAAGUCAGACAUUUCUCAGGAAUCAUUAACACUGGCAGCAACAUGGAUUCUGGGUGAAUACAGUGAAAUCAUUCUACAGGGAGGUAUCGUAGAUGAAGACCAGACAAUUACCAUUACAGACAAGGAUCUGGUCGACCUGGUGCUAUCCAUUCUUGACUCCCCUUACGCCAACUACCUAGUUCGUCAAUUUGUCCUCGCAGCGGUAACAAAGAUCGCAGCACGUAGCACAACAUCUGUCCCAGAACAAGACCGCAUUGCUGAAGUGCUAGCAAAAUAUACCACCAGCCCUGAACUGGAAUUGCAGCAGCGAGCAGUCGAAUUUGCUAGUUUGUUUAGCCUGGGAGAUACGCGAAUUGGUGUCCUGGAACAAAUGCCGCCUCCAGAGAUCAAGGCGACUGUUAUGGGAGUUGUCAGCGAGAAGAAGCCUGUGGGGUCUACCAAAGGCCAAGACGCGGAUCUUUUGGGUGACGAAAUUAUUUCAACACCAGGCGCGCCUGUCAAUCAGCCUGCCGCGUCUGUGCAAUCGAACCAAGACCUGCUUGCUGAAAUUUUUGGCUCAUCUUCCGUAACUUCAGACUCUGUAUCCCCUCCUGUUCCUCAGCAAAAAUCCUCGGUCAAUGACAUUCUCGGGUUGUUUGGCAACUCCGGCCCAGCUUCUCCCGCUCCCCAACAGCCCUACUCAGCCACACCUUCAUUUUCUACCCCCGCACCAUCAUACACCCCCAAUCAAGCCGCUUCACCCCCACCACAGGCCGCUGCAGCUGCAGCUGCACAGCGUUAUCCCUCAUACCCAGCGUACGAUAAGAACGGCCUGAAAAUUACUCUUACGCCACAAACGUCGCCCACAAAACCGGGUGUGGUGAUGAUUUUGGCGCGUUUCCAGGUGUCUGGCGGUGAGCCUGCUACUGGUUUGAGUUUCCAGGCUGCUGUUCCAAAGUCACAGCAGCUACAGAUGCUUCCCAUGUCCAACUCCAAUAUUAACCUAGGCGCUACUGAAACCCAACAAAUGAGAGUUUUGGCUCCAGUUGGAAGCGCCGUCCGUUUACGCUUGCGGAUAGCCUACAGUAUAGCUGGUCAAAAUUUCCAGGAGCAGGUCGACUUUUCCGGCUUCCCACCUGGCCUCACUGGCACUCCUUCAUGA